AUGGCUAAAGGGGACCCCCAAGAAACCGAAAGGCGAGAUGUCUGCGUCUGCCUUCUUUAUGCAGACGUGCAGAGCAGAACACCAGAAAAACCCAGAGGACAAAUCCACAACCCCGGCAUCUCUAUCGGAGGUGUGGCAAAAAAGCUGAGUGCGGUGGGGAAUAACUUGAGCGGCAGUGCGAGGCAGCCCGACGUCACUGAGGCGGAGAACCGAAGUUCAUCUCCCUUCGCGUCUUUUCCACACGUGGCCACAGCAAAGGAGGCAGCAAAGCCCAGCCCUGCCAUGGAUGUGCAGUUCCCGGUGCCAAACCUGGAGGUCCUGCCCCGGCCCCCGGUCGUCACUUCCACACCUGCACGUGCACCCAAGGCUGAGCCUGCCAUCAUCUCUGCCACCCGCAAUGAGCCCAUCGGCCUGAAGGCCUCCGACUUCCUACCCGCCGUGAAGAUCCCCCUGCAGGCCGAGCUGGUGGACGACGAUGCCAUGUCACAGAUCCGCAAAGGCCAUGACACCAUGUGUGUGGUGCUCAUCAGCCGCCACAAGCACCUGGAUGCCGUGCGGGCUGUGUGGACCACAGGCGACAUCAAGACGUCGGUGGACUCUGCUGUGGCCAUCAACGACCUGUCGGUGGUGGUGGACCUUCUCAACAUCGUCAACCAGAAAGCCUCCCUAUGGAAGCUGGACCUGUGCACCACGGUCCUGCCACAGAUCGAGAAGCUUCUGCAGAACAAGUAUGAGAGGUGCGUGUGGGGAAGCCACGCCUGCCUUGAGGAGGGGGAGGGAAGAGGCAAGAAGCCUCCAGGACCACGGGAAGGGCCCCCAAUGGCCUGGGUGUUCCUGUGA